CUAACGUUGUGCACAUAACAUGUUUUGAGGAGGCGUUCUUUGUGCCAUUGUUCAAUCAAGUAAAAACGAGAAAACGGAUAAAUGGACCGUGAGUCGAAGCGCAGGCAGGUGAAGCCUUUGGCUGCCUCUCUGCUGGACGCCUUAGAUUAUGACAGCUCAGACGACAGUGAUUUCGAAGUGGGAGAUGCAGAUGCCUCAGGGUCAGAGGGUAGUGCCAUUGGGAGUGAUGAGGAGGGGUCCAAGGAGGAGAGUGUUGCUGAGGACUCUGACAACGAUAGCAACUCGUACAACAUUGGCUCUGCAACGGACGGUGAGGAACAGACCAAGGAGCUGACAGGCGGCGACACCCCCACAGAGGAAGAGGAGAGGACCAAGGAGGAGCAGCCAUCCUCUGACACUAGCACCACCACCACUAAAGACCCUGCUCAAUCAGGGGUGCCCAGGGGCCGACGGCGGAGAGAGGAGAAGGCCUCGGACACAGAGGCUGGGAGUGGAGGAAGCGGGAGUGGCACAGGUCGUGGUAAUGUGGGUAGUGGUAAUGCAGUAGUGGUAAUGCGGAGGACGGCCGCCACACAGGAGCCCAAGAAGUGGAACCUGCGUCGUAAACGCCCCAUGCUGGACUUUACCACCGUGGAAGAGCUCAACGAGAUGGACGACUACGACAGCGAAGACGACAACGACUGGAGGCCCACCUCCGGCAAGAAGAAAGCCAAGACGGCGGCCGCUCAGAGAGGAGGAAGCGAGGGAGAGGAGGAGGAAGAUGACGACAGAGGGAGCGGUAGUGAUGAUGAUGAUGACAAUGAGGAUGACGAUGGUGGUGAUGAUGAAGAUGAGAAGGAAGAAGGGAGCAGUAUCGACGGUGAUAAAGAGGUGAAGAAACCCAAGAAGAAAGUGAUAAACAGCAGUGUGUUUGACAAGGAGCUGACCAAUGACAGCAUGUCACAGGGAAAGAGCAACAAGGAUGCCCUACUGGAGCGUGCCCAGACGUGGAGCGUGGCGGCCCAGAGGAUGGAACACAUUCUGAUCUGCUGCGUGUGUCUGGGAGACAACAGCGAGGACGCUGACGAGAUCAUCCAGUGUGACAACUGUGGUGUGACCGUACACGAAGGUUGCUAUGGAGUGGACGGGGAGAGUGAUUCCAUCAUGAGUUCUGCCUCGGAGAACUCCACGGAACCGUGGUUCUGUGAUGCCUGCAAGAACGGAGUCACGCCCAGCUGUGAGCUCUGCCCCAAUCAGGACGGGAUCUUCAAAGAGACUGACGCUGGGAGAUGGGUCCAUGUGGUUUGUGCUCUCUACGUCCCUGGAGUAGCGUUUGGGGACAUUGAUAAACUACGACCAGUGACUCUCACAGAGAUGAAUUACUCCAAGUAUGGGGCCAAGGAGUGCAGUUUCUGCGAGGACACCCGGUUCGCCCGGACAGGCGUGUGUAUCAGUUGUGAUGCUGGCAUGUGCCGAUCCUACUUCCAUGUGACCUGUGCUCAGAGGGAGGGGCUUCUCUCCGAGGCAGCUGCGGAAGAGGACAUAGCCGAUCCCUUCUUUGCAUACUGUAAGCAGCAUGCGGACCGCUAUGACAGGAAGUGGAAGAGGAAGAACUACCUGGCUCUCCAGUCCUACUGCAAGGCAUCUCUACAGGACAAAGAGAAGCAGCUGGCCCCCGAGGCACAGAGCCCCUGGCAGGCCCGUAUCACCACCCGGCUGCAGCAGUACCGGUCCAGGGCAGAGCUGUCCCGUAACACCCGGCCCCAGGCCUGGGUCCCCCGGGAAAAGCUGCCACGACCCCUGACCUCCAGCGCCUCCGCCAUCAGGAAACUCAUGAGGAAGGCUGAGCUCAUGGGCAUCAGCACGGACAUCUUCCCCGUAGACACGUCAGACAUCAGCGCCAGUGUGGACGGACGCAGGAAACACAAGCAGCCCGCCCUCACUGCAGACUUCGUCAACUAUUACCUGGAGAGGAACAUGAAGAUGGUACAGAUCCAGGACAAUAUCUCUGAGCAGAAGAGCCUCAAAGACAAGCUGGAGAGUGAGCAGGAGAAGCUGCACGUCGACUACAACAAGCUGUGUGAGUCUCUGGAGGACCUGCAGAAUGUCAACGGUGUUCUGAGGAGUGAGGGCCAGGUCAUAUGGACCAUGCUGGGAGGAAUCCUAGGACAGAAACUGAACUUCCCAUCGGUCCUGAAAUCCCCAAAAGAGAGGAAGCCCAGCAAGAAGGAGGGAGGAGCUCCUGGGAAGUCCUCCAACCUACCAGCUGUCCUCUACAGCUGUGGGAUCUGUAAGAAAAACCAGGACCAGCAUCUCCUGCUCCUGUGUGACACCUGCAAGCUCUACUACCAUCUGGGCUGUCUGGAGCCUCCGCUGACACGCAUGCCCAAGAAGACCAAGAACAGCUACUGGCAAUGUUCAGAGUGUGACCAGGCCAGUACCGAUGAUGCCGACAUCGCCAUGGAGACACUGCCCGACGGCACCAAAAGAGAACCAGAGGGCAGAAGAGGAAGAGGGUGUCCAUCUGUGAAGAAGAGAAGUUUGAGGUGCAGGAACCGGCUCUACGGGAGCGGCGUCAGCGCCAGUCUGCGAUGCAGAAAAAGACACCUAAAGCAGACGACACUAGGACCGACUGUACGUCCUGCAAAGGACCCGGGGACAACGAGAACCUCGUCAGGUUGUGAGGGCCGGGGCAGACACCUCUCCUCACCUAGACACAGCUGGACAGAUGAGAGAGAGAAGCAGACCUUUGGCUUAGAGGCAGAGAGGGACUUAAUUACGUGGAAGAAUGACAGCGGCGGUGUGGGAUCAGAUGGCCAUCUUUGACCUUCCAACCACGGUCUUCUUCGUGACCCAAAUUGGACCUUCUACUGGCCGUCCAAUUAAAAUUGAGGGAGAGAGGCAGAAAUUGAAAUGAACUUUGAUGAAUUCUAAAAUACUUGUUGAAAUUAGCAAAUUAAGUUUUGAAAGGUUCAGUAUUACUGAACUGGUCAUUCUUGGAAGAACAACAGGCCCUCUGUGAUCAUCACUGCCAACUCGAAGAGUCCAUCUAUCUGGACUAAGGUCUAUCUGGACUAAGGUCUAUCUGGACUAAGGAGUGAUUCUGAAACUGAACAAUAUUACUAGAAGCAUCUCAUUGGUUACCUGUCUGUCUGCUCCUCUCUAUUCCUCUAACAAUGGUGCUUCUUCUCUUCCCCUUUUUUGUUCCCUUUUCUGUUUCUCUCCCCCUGUCUCUUCACUCUCUCCUCAGCCCCCUUCCCUCUCUCAUCCAUUCUAUGUUGGCACUUCACUCCUUUGACCUCCCUAAGCAUCUUAUCACCACAUCCAAUCAGUUGUAUUGACUCUAGUCAUUUGUGGUCCAAUCACAUAGUGUUUUCCUCAGUAAAGGCCUUUAAUUGGAGAUGCACUUGAACUUAAGCUCUCAUCUUCUUCUAGUGUUGUGUUGUCGUCAAGUAGAACUUUCUAGAGUAGAGGAAUAGUGAUUUUUAGUAGAAUGAUUUCCCUUUCUAGUGUUUGAGAAAUACUGUAAGUAGCUGCUUAGAUAAGGUUUAACAUAUUGAAAACAGUAACAUGUAUAGUAAUGGUUAUUGUAACUUUUAAUGUGUGUGUGUGUGUACAGUAGGUUUUUAGUCUCCCUUCCUCUCUUUAAUAUUUUUAAAGUGACAGUUUAACUCUGAGUUCUAUUGGAAGUGUGUGUGUGCACGCGCCUCCCCAGUGCCCCAUAGUGAGUGCUGUCAACUGAGCAGCUGCCAUGUGGUCCGUCUGUCAGGGUCCUUGACAGAAGUGUCACAGUUUGCCCUCACAUGUCACUCCUCCGUUCAUCCCCCCCCAUCCCAGGACCCUCUAUGUCACUACUCCUCUCUUCUGCCCAUCUGUCUGGGGACCCUAUAUCCAUGGCUCUAUGGCUCUGGGAGUUGCCAAACCUCACAUAAUGCUUACGUCCACUGGAAAAUCUGCUGAGGAAAUAAAGAUGGUGGUUUGGUAGUUUUCCUGUGGAGAUUAGAGAUGCCUGUACAGGAUGACCUGGUCACUCACCACGUCAUGUCACCCCCACGAGCCCUCCUCAUCCCUGAUCCGUCUCAUCCUCUUCUGUCUCCUCCUCCUCCGCAAAAUUAGAGGACUGUCCAUGAGCUACAGCCUCUAGCUAACCCUACUACAGCUAACCCAGCUAACCCUACGACAGCUAACCCUACUACAGCUAACCAGCUAACCCUACUACAGCUAACCAGCUAACUCUACUACAGCUAACUAGCUAACCCUACUACAGCUAACCAGCUAACUCUACUACAGCUAACCAGCUAACCCUACUACAGCUAACUAGCUAACCCUACUACAGCUAACCAGCUAACCCUACUACAGCUAACCAGCUAGCUCUACUACAGCUAACCAGCUAACCCUACUACAGCUAACUAGCUAACCCUACUACAGCUAACUAGCUAACCCUACUACAGCUAACCAGCUAACCCUACUACAGCUAACCAGCUAACUCUACUACAGCUAACCAGCUAACCCCACUACAGCUAACCAGCUAACCCUACUACAGCUAACUAGCUAACCCUACUACAGCUAACCAGCUAACCCUACUACAGCUAACCAGCUAACCCUACCACAGCUAACCAGCUAACCCUACUCCAGCUAACCCUACUCCAACUAACCCUACUUUCAGCUAACCUUACUCCAGCUAACCUUACUCCAGCUAACCCUACUUUCAGCUAACCUUACUCCAGCUAACCUUACUCCAGCUAACCUUACUCCAGCUAACCCUACUUUCAGCUAACCUUACUCCAGCUAACCUUACUCCAGCUAACCCUACUCCAACUAAUCCUACCCUACUACAGCUAACCCUACUCCAGCUAACUAGAUACUCCAGCUAACCCUACUUCUACUAAACUAACGCCACUUAACCGUGUAUGGCUCUCUUAUAUAUAUAUAUAUAUAUAUAUAUAUAUAUAUAUAUAUAUAUAUAUAUAUAUAUAUAUAUAUAUAACCAUUAGCCCUAGGGCUAGGCUAUGACCAGCUGUGUAUCUGACUGAGCCAGAAGUGCAACUGUAGCCUACAGUAAACGUACUUUAAACAUGGCAAUACGUGGUGUGUUCCAUCAGUUCAGAGUGUGUGAAUGAACACCUGGUAGCUGUGUUGUGUGUACAGUAUUUAUUGAUUGAUUGAAGUCCAUGCUUUUUUGUGUCUUUUAUUUGUGUAUUCAUUCUCUAUUUUAUAUCAUAAUACGCCUUUUGUUAUUACUGUAUUGUGAAGAAAUUGAGUUAAGCUCACUUUAGUGUAGGAACCUGAAAGGACUCCUUGCUAGACAUAUUAAUUGUUUAUAUAUUUGUUUACAAUACAUGCCUUUAUGCUGCUAUUUGUUUACACACAUGCCUAUAUGUGAUUAGUAUUAUUUGUAUAUGUAAUUACUUCUAACAGAAGUUGAUACAGUAACUGUGAUAUACUGUAUGGAGUAAGAAUGUUGCUGCUGUCACGAUAUGUGUGAAUGUGAAGUGUCCCUUCCAGCCCCUGUGGCCCUCAGCAUUACAGCAGAGCUCUAAUAAACUCUUGACUUUUUCA